CUAGAAAACAAAUGUAUCUUUGGAAAGGCUUGGGUAUCAUCGAUAUCACUCAGUUAAGUGACUUUUGAGAUAAAAUAUUAAUUUGAUUUAAACAAACUCAGGAGCAAUUCAAAGUCAAGUGAACCUGUCGAUCAGGUGAGCACGAAAAGGCUGUAGUCAAGCUGCAAAUAACAAGCAUGGGAAUACUUUAUUCAGAGCCCAUUUGCCAGGCAGCUUAUAAUAAUGACUUCAAUGAAGUUCAGCUGCUGUUGCAAGAGGAUAGCAAUUAUUUGAACAUUCAGGACAGCUUUGGCGGAGACACACCCCUAAUCUGUGCCUGCAAACAGGGACACAAUAGAAUAGUCAGUUAUCUUUUGAAAAGAAACGCUGACAUCAACCUCAAAAAUAAGAAACAGCGUACUUGCUUACAUUAUGCUGUGAAAAAACGAUUUAAUUUCCUUGACUACCUGCUCAUCAUCAUCCUAAUGCCUGUUUUACUCAUUGGAUAUCUCCUCAUGGUGUCAAAGAGUAAGCAGAAUGAAAACCUAAUCAAGAUGUUACUCAAAGCUGAUGUAGAUGUUAAUGCUACAGAUUAUUCUGGUAGCACUGCCCUUCACUAUGCCUGUGAAAUGAAAAAUCAGUCACUUGUUCCCUUACUACUUGAAGCCCAUGCAGACCCUUCAAUAAAGAAUCAGGAUGGAGAGACACCACUGGAUAUAGCAAGAAGGUUAAAGUUCACCAACAUUGAGUGCAUGUUAAAGAAGGCAUCUUAGCCUUGAAUAGGAUGGUAUCAAGGUUGUUAGGCAUUCAAAAAUUACUUAUUUUGGCAGUCCUUAUUAUGCCAUACCAAGCCUGCAAAGCAGGAUGUUUUAAGAUAAUGAUGUUUAUCGGAGACAUGUAUUAUAUCUAUUGGUUGCAGUCAAGUACACAUGUGGCUGUGUGUUUUGCCAUGUCUAGAAGGAGUUAGCUUAUUUUCAUUCCAUUUCGACAGAAAAGUGAAUUUACCCCAAUGUUUAUUGCUUUAUUUAUACUAUCAUGGAAUUAAAAAAGGUAUCUAUGUUCAUUUUUUGAAAUGUAAUGUCUGUAGAUGUCAUUAUUCACAUUAUAUUUCAAAAUAAAAGUAUAUU